UGGGUGUUCAAUUCACACAGAAAAUGUGGGCUGUCAAAAAUGUUUCAAAACAAUAAACAAAACACUCUUUCCAAACUUCAGUGAAAUUUUCGUUUCUGAGCAGAAGAAAGGUUUUAUUCCCGUAGAAACACAGAGUGCCGAAUCGAUUCCCCAUCCAUGCCGCGAUGGCCCUGUCCAAUGUGCUCAUCCUAAGCCAGGUGGCCGGCCAUGUCAUCGGUCUGAUCCUGUCGCUGUGCAUGUUCAUUCCCCUGUCGAUUCACGUCCACUCGUUCAAUGGCCACUGUCUGUUGUUCGCUACCGGAACCUGGCAGGAGAAAGAUGGCCUUUUUGACGUGAGCUGGCCAUCGGAGGCCAACUGCAACUAUCCGAUUCUGGUUGGGGUGGCGCUGUUUGUCAUCUCCGGUUUGCAGAUCUAUAGGUUGGCCAUUUUGGUGUACCGUGAACUGGAAAGCUCCUUUCUGGCGCUGUUCUUCGAUGUGGUCUUUAGUGUAAGCCUGUGCGCCAUGACGAUCGUAGCGGCAAUCAUCAUCACACUCGGAUUCAUGACCUGGUGCGGCGAAAUGACCGAGCGUUUCCCAUCGUGUGAAGUGGCCGACGGGCAGAACAUCACCAACGUGGAACUGAACAUCUCGACUUCGGGCUUCUACAUCGAGAUGGGGACGGCCCAGUUCGGAGCUUGGGCGUCGUUUGCCACCUGGGUGGGACUGUCGGUGUUUGCCCUGCUGAAGCUGAUCAAUAAUCACCAGUUGCGGAACAUGAAGGUAUCGAUGUACAUCGAGCGCCAGCGGCUAGUCAACGAGGACGUAUACCGGGGAACGACCUCGGAACUGCCUGUAGGAGCAGCUGCCGGCACGGCUGGUUCUCCCGGUGAGAACCUUAUCGAUUGAAACGAGCGAAACUAAUCGAAUCAAUUAUAAUAGACAUUAUCGUAUUUAGAACUGUAGAUUAAGUGGGAAGUGUGGGGCACUUAGGUAAGCAAAAAUACCAUUGUGAUUUACCGGACAAAUUUGGCGGCUCUCAAGCCGAUUCCAUUUUACACAUUGAGGAAAAUGCGUUUCGUAGCAGUGAUAUUUUUUCCCUGGUUUUGCAUUUUUGGCUUUGUGUUAAUCUACCAAAUUGAUCUGUUUGUUAGGCUUAAGGUUUAUUUGUAUAACGCAGUUCUCGCCAAUUUGGAUUCAUGUGAUUUAACCAAUUCGGCUUGAAAAGCGUAAGGUUAUCGUCUCAAAUAUGGUGGAUGAGUAACUAAUAUAAAACGGUCACACCACAUAAAUAUAUUAAUGAAUACCUACAUCAAAA